AUGUCAAAGCUGAUAAACAAAAGGUCGGUUGGAAUAUCAGCACGACAAAAGGAGUAUUUAUUGACAGGGGAAGAACUCAGGAAAGAGGAGAGAUCAGGAAUGCCAGUUUCUAUUCAAAAUCCGGUUACUUCAACAUUACUCGGCGCCGUUAUCUUUCUGUUACUGCAGGCGUCGGUUGUUCGAUGUGGGUUUCCGGCGACUCUCAAGUUGGAGAGAGCUUUUCCGGUGAACCACCGAAUUGAAUUGAGUCAUCUUAGAGAUAGAGACAAUUUGAGACACCGUAGGAUAUUGCAACAACAGUCUCCUUCAGGAGGUGUUAUUGAUUUCCCUGUCAAAGGCACUUAUGAUCCUUAUCGCGUUGGGCUUUAUUACACGCAAGUUACAUUGGGAUCUCCUCCAAAGGAUUAUUAUGUACAAAUUGAUACAGGAAGUGAUGUGUUAUGGGUGGGUUGCAGCCCUUGCAAUGGUUGCCCUAAAUCAAGUGGACUCCAAAUUCCAGUUUCCUUCUAUGAUCCUUCAAGCUCAUCAACAUCAUCUCCAAUCUCAUGUUCAGAUCAAAGAUGUUCUCAAGCUGGUCAAUCUUCUGAUUCCAGCUGUUCAAAUGAUCAGUGUAGCUACACAUUCCAAUAUGGAGAUGGAAGUGGAACAUCAGGUUAUUAUGUAUCUGAUUUGAUGCAUUUAGAAACAGUUGUUGCUGAUUCAAGAUCAUCAAAUACUUCAGCUUCUGUUGUAUUUGGCUGUAGCACAACUGAAACUGGGGAUUUGGUUAAGUCAGAUAGAGCAGUUGAUGGGAUCUUUGGAUUUGGUCAACAAGUAAUUGGUCAAAUAAUCGAGCCAAAUAUGGUCUUUACUCCACUAGUCAAAUCACAGCCACAUUAUAAUGUAAAUCUACAGAGUAUUUCAGUCAAUGGUCAAACAUUGUCCAUUGAUCCAUCUGUAUUUGCAAUUGAUGAUAAUCAAGGAGGUACUAUAAUCGAUUCUGGAACAACUUUGGGAUACCUUGCUGAAGGAGCUUACACCCCUUUUGUAAAUGCUAUCACACAGUCAGUUUCACAAUCUGUUCAGCCACUUAUCUCAAAGGGAAAUCGGUGUUAUUUAAUUACUUCAAGUGUAUCGGACAUAUUUCCCAUUGUAAGUCUCAACUUUGCUGGUGGUGCUUCGAUGAAUUUAAGGCCUCAGGACUACCUUCUUCAGCAGAAUGCUGUGAAUGGGGCUGAAGUAUGGUGUAUUGGCUUUCAAACGAUUCCGAAUCAAGGAAUUACUAUUUUAGGAGAUCUUGUUCUUAAGGACAAGAUUAUCGUUUACGAUUUGGGUGGUCAAAGGAUUGGAUGGGCGGAUUAUGACUGUGAAACAAAUGUAAACGUCUCCUCCACCUCAAGUGGCGGCAGAAGUGAAGUUGUGAACGCCGGUCAGAUUGGAGGCGGCGGCAGUUCAUUGCGGAUCACCCGAUACCAACUAAUUCCGUUGGAGGCACAUGAAAGGGUGGGUAGAGGAAAAAAGCGUCGGUCAACCCGAGGAAAGUGGACACAAAGGUCGGACGGAAAAUGUUGA